AUGGGUCCAGUCAUGCCUCCCAGUAAGAAGCCAGAAGGCUCAGGAAUUAGCGUUCCCAGCGGAUUGAGCCAACGUUACCAAGAUAGUGAUUUAUCAAAGGCACUUCACGAUGACGAGGACCUAGAUUUCUCUUUGCCUGCCAUCAGAUUAGAUAAAGGGGCCAUGGAAGAUGAAGAACUAACUAAUUUGAACUGGUUACAUGAGAGCAAGAACUUGCUGAAAAGCUUUGGGAACUCGGUGUUAAGGAGUGUUAGCCCCGUUCAGGACAUCGGUGAUGACACGCCGCCGUCUCCUGCCCACUCUGACAUGCCCUACGAUGCCAAGCAGAACCCCAACUGCAAACCUCCUUAUUCCUUUAGCUGCCUCAUAUUUAUGGCCAUUGAGGACUCACCAACCAAAAGACUGCCCGUAAAGGAUAUAUACAACUGGAUCUUGGAACACUUUCCGUAUUUUGCAAAUGCACCCACUGGAUGGAAAAAUUCUGUGAGACAUAAUCUAUCCUUGAAUAAGUGUUUUAAGAAGGUGGACAAAGACAGAAGUCAG